UUUCACUAAAAUAAGUCUUGUAAUGAUAUUUUCCUGACGAGUUUUGAUUGCAAAAGGCCGAGCGUAAUCACAAACCUGCAUAAAUAAUAAAACAUAAUAUGCAGCGUUGAUACGAACGAACUUUUACUAAAAAUAGGGCGAACACGAUUGUAUUCAGUUCGGGCCCUGGUAAUGUUUUACAAUCCAGCUUACGGUCGUCAGCCGCAUACAACCGAGUGUGUAUGGAGCUUACACAAAUCAAUUGGAAUCUGCUAAAUAUGAGAAAAUAAGCUAUGAGUUCCCGUUCUAGACGAGGGCAGUCGAACAACAACCUUCCCGGCCCAGGGCCAACAUCAAAACAGCAACCAAAGUCAAGAAGAAGAGGAGCCACAUCCUCGGUGGAUGUCCUUGACCCAGAGAUCACAGUCUCAGGCACUCAGGGAGCUGACGCUGACAGCCCUGGUCCUUCAAGUGCAAAAAGGCCACGCACUGACCUAGAGUCGUCCUUAGGUGGUGAGAAUAUUCAAGGGAGGCAACUCAGCAAUAGGCAGGGCAAACUGACGCGCCAAGACGGCCAGGACACACCGGAGACAGAUGACCCGGAGCCCAAGUCUACGCCGUCUAGCAGCCGCCCCCCCUCCAGCCUGAGUGUCAGUACCACCCUCUCCAGUGCAACACCCACCCCUACCCCUCCCCCAACCAGCAUCUAUCGAACUGUGUCUCGCGACACACCAGACAUUCAGACUGGCGACAACGUCACAAACAAAAUGAGGUCGCCAAACGAAGAAGAGGGGGUGCGCAGUAUCGCUAUUCCGCCAAAGAAACGGAAAGCGCCCGAUGAUAUCGAGCAUCAAGAACAUCAAGUUGCUUAUGUUCCUGCCAAGAGACCCAUGCUUGACCUGCAAGAGUGGGUUAACCAGCGUGUCUUGGCUAAAAAAGAAAAUGUGUUUUGUCCGGGUGUAAUUAAAACAAUUUUCGAGAAUAGGAGUAUAGGUGUGUUAUUCGACGGUGAUAGUAACCCGACGUUCUUUCCGGAUGUGCUUGAAUCAAAAGCGUGCACGAUAGUCUGUGACAAUGCUCCCCCUGCAAUUUUGAUCACCGUAGGGUGUAACGUAUGUGUUAGAAUAAAAGCUGAACAGAAUCUGUUCUUUGAGGGUCAAGUGGCAGAGAAGACAUUGACCCAGCAGUACAGGGUGCGUUUGUCGAACAUGAAUCUUUUGGAGAAGGAAGUGCUGGUAUCUCGUGCAUCCAUGAGACUUCUACAGCCGCCUUGGCACGAAGAUUUGGAGGAUAGCCUUACAGAGCAGCCAACUCCCCCACCCCCUAUCACUCCAACUGUCACACAAAACACAUACGCUUACCAGCAUCUACAGCACCCUGGCACACCUUCACUGCAGCAUCAUGUUACCAUCAUGCCCCAGCCCCAGACCUCCAUUCUCUCCCAUCAGCAUUCGUUACCAGGGCAACACCCCCACCAUGUUCACUACUCGGAGAACACCCUCUCCCCUCGUCUCAUCAACCCAUCCCCAUCAAUAACGCAGAAUGUGAGCAUGGAGAGAUCAUCGUCAGACGACGAAAUGGGCAGCGAAUACUUCGAUUCGUCUGGCCUCAGCACGCCAAGGUCAGGGAGCGCGACCCCAGGUUCAAGGUCAGGGCAGAGUUUCAGUGAUACCAAAAAUAGGCAGCCAUUAAAGAAGCGUGACAUGACAAGAAGUGUUAGUGCCCAGUCGUGCGAUAGUAGGUCCAGCACGCCGCGCUCCCCUUCAAAUAUGAAGUACAAGAAGGGUGACGUUGUGUCCAUGCCGAGUGGAAUACGAAAAAAAUUUAAUGGCAAGCAGUGGCGGCGCUUGUGCUCUAAAGAAGGAUGCACCAAAGAAUCUCAGAGGCGUGGGUUUUGCUCAAGGCAUUUAUCGUCAUCUGGUAAAAUUCCGCGGUCCACCCAGCCGUACGCUCAGAUGGUUAUGAAAGGUGACAUGAAGGACGGUCACAUAGAGUGGACAGACCAGCAGAGCUCCCGAGACACUGACUACGAUCCCAACCACGGUUCUGAGGAAACAGAAGCGGCGCAGAUGUUGGUCUCCCUUGGCAACUCAAGAUCAACCACACCCGCUUUCUCGCCCACACCGUCAAGCGUCUGCAGUCUGUCACCAAGGAAACGCCACCCUUCGUCUCCACAGAGUAGCCAGGCUCUUAGAGGGAUUUCCACUGCGUUUACUCCCAUUUCUCCACAUCCCAAUCCGAACAAUGUUUACAUGGCGUCCCCUACCAGAAGCUGGAGUUCUGGAACUUCGAACAAGUCCGGCAGUUCUUCUUCGGAGCACAUCUCCCCGAUAACUCCGAGAUUUCCUCAGCAGAACGUAGCGGUUACUAACUCUGCUUUCCAGCAUCCUUUGCAAAUAGAUCGAACCAGGGCACCAAAUCUGUCCAUAAUCAACAAAGAACUCACCAAAAGCAACGAUUCUGGAAUUGACGUGAAUACUCCGAAACAGUUGACGAAAAUAGUCCCCUCCUCCCCAUCUGGCCAGGCAAGCUAUGGCCACAGUCAGUUAUAUGGAGCCACCUUUCAGCAACAGAUGUCCCAACAGCAGCAGGCGCAUAUGAUUCGCACUGGAAGUCUGUCAUCAAACCUGGACCAGCAUCAAGCAUUGGAAAUGAAGCCUCGAGCCAGCACACAUAGCCUGUCAGACUGGCGUAGUGCAAGUGGUACCAUUACGAUUGACGCUCGCCUGAUACCCGUGUCUAUGAUUCCGCACAAUGGGCUGAAGGAGUCAGCUCCUGGCCCUGCUCAUGCAGUUUAUCCGGCUCAAGAGGGAACCGGCCUGGUGAUGAAGCAGACAACAGUGGGUGCAGUAAAUUCGAACACUGUUGCUAUGGUGACUGCUGCCCAGAAUCAAAAGCAGACCAAGAGGCACCAGGAUACAGAACCUCAAAAGGAAAGCAUUAAAGUCUACCAGUGGCACAACAUUGUGCCAUUCUUCAACUACAAAGGGCCCUCAACCGUUCAGACCUCUACAGCUUCUGUUCCCGUGGAAACAAAGGCAGCCAAAAAGGUUGUGACCUUGCCACCAAAACGUACAGCCAUACACCAGAGCAUUUCUGAUAACAUUCCAAAAGAGGAAGAUGAUGACUUGCCAGAUGAUUACGAUGAUGACGAUGUCUUUGAUGUGAAAGAUGUGAAUGAGAAAACAGAGAAUAAGAAAGCAACAACUCUUCCUGCAAAGCGGCGAUCGCAGUCACUGAGUGCUCUAAAAGACAAAGAGGAAGGAAGGAGUCCAAGAAAGGGUAAAGAAAAGGACCACAUCCGAAGACCAAUGAAUGCGUUCAUGAUCUUCAGUAAACGGCAUCGGCCGCUCGUACAUCAGAGGCACCCGAACCAAGACAAUAGAACAGUGUCAAAGAUCCUUGGUGAAUGGUGGUAUGCACUAGGCCAGGAAGAAAAACAGGAGUACCAUAAUCUGGCACGCCAGGUAAAAGAAGAACAUUUCAAGGCCCACCCAGAGUGGAAGUGGUGCUCCCGCGACCGUAAACGCUCGAGUACCAUUGCCAAUACGCUCAAACAACGGUCAGGCAGUCAGCGACUUGGCUCCACUGAUUUAAUAGAUGGUAGGCAUCAAAAUGAUGAGGCCAUUGACGCAGGUGGGGCUCUAGAAGACGAUGCUUUUGAGCCUGUGGCUGAUUCUAAAGACACGGCAGAUGGUCGAAGCUUGUUUGAUGUGAAACGAGGUCGCAGUCAAAGUCUCUCCACUUUCCCCCCACGUGAAGCAGACAGUCUCGAAUUCCAAGAAUACAAACUGAAGCUUGAGAAAGCUCAGGAAAACUUCGCAAAAGAUACUUCUGGUGAGAGAGAAAAAGCUCACAGUAAGCCAGUAGUUUCCAUAGCAACUUCUGCUCCCAUGGAGAUCCAAGAUGGUGGCCAGGAUAGCAGUGAUGAAGAGAAGAUGUACAUAUGUGAAAAUGAAAAGCCAAAAGAACAUGACCAGAGCUCAGAUGUGGAUGCCAUUGAUCUGAACUGCCAAGAGCAGGUGAGUGACAGUGAGACGGACAGCACCCCUGAAGAUGAAAUGAUAGAGAACAAAGUGUUCCCACAGCAAAGAUUUUCACCUGUCAUGAAGCCGAUGAAUUCAUCCGACAUCACCCACCGGCCAAAGCCAAUCAAGCACAUUCCAGAAAGUGGUAGCGGUGGUGCAAGCAAUUCAGUGGGCGUGUUGUCCGUGCAGACGGUACUAGCAGACAGACCGAUUCGUCGACCUUCAAGUAACGGCUCAAAUUUCCAGCCUACAGGUGCUGUUUUCAAGGCCAAGCCAUCGAGAUUCUUGUCAACGGGGAGUGUCCAAGACCUUCACAAUACCCAGUACGAGCAUUCAAACAUCAGUCAAAGAGGGGAGAGUGUUUCAUCGACACGAAAUAUCGGUCACCAGCAGAUACGACUACACAACAUCAUCAUGUCAACAGACAGUGACCAAAAGAUCAUUCUCUCCACUAACACCGAGACAGCCCUGGGGAAGAGUAACAAUGGGAGAGGGCCUAUAAUGGGCAAGUUUUCACAAAAGCCUACACCUCAACAUACGAGUCAGUCUCGAGCACAGACCACGGCCCCAUCAAUCCUUCAGCAGACGUUACAGACUGGGACUACAAGCCUCAAAGCAGUGUCGGGUAUUCAGAUUAGUGGCAUCUCAACCCAGCAGAUGAACACCAGAACAACGGUUGUGCCCACUUACACCACAAUCGGAACUCCACUAUCGGCAGCAGGGAUACCCACAACGUUUCAGCAGAAUUUCACUAUUGGAAACUUCACCACCUCGACGGCCAACGUACAGCAUACGCAAGCAGCAAAUUCCUCUGCAACACUGAAAAGUGUGGGAAACACAAUAGUCUUUCAGCCAGCCACUCAGUAUGGCAUGCUUUUGCCCUCCCCCUCAGUUUCCACGCCAACUCUGCUCGCGGUAGCCGGAUCAAACCAGUUCUUGAACACAUCCCUACAGAACAUUGUGGCCUCUGUUGCUUCGUCGGGGCAGGCUACCCCCACACAAACAAUGGCUCCACCCACAGUGCUACAAAUCAUCAAGCCUGGCCAGGCGGGCCAGACUCACCAGCAGCCCAUGAAUUCACCUUCACCUGGUCAGACUGUCAACCCAGGCUUACUGCAGCCCACACAUGUUCAAUACAUUCUACCGUCGAUCCGAAUGCAAGCUGCACAGCAGGGUACUGGACUGCAGAAUCAGGUGAUACACAUGGCACUUCCUGGUACCCAGUUCCAGCCUGGCAGUAUUCAGUUGACCUUUACAGGGAACCAGGCAAAUUCGCCUGCACAAUGUAUGGCCCAGGUACAACAUGUACAGGCUACAGCCAUUCAAGCUGCGGCUGGGAAAAUGCAGUACCACCAAGGUACAGGGUUCAAGGUCAUGCAGAGUCCCGUGAAACAGCAACCCUCGCCAGCUGCCUCCCCUCAGCUGAACACUGCACCACAGACCAUACAGGUGAUAAGCCAAAAUCUCCCCAGCAGCAAGCAGACGGUUACCCAGUAUGUUGCCGUGAACCAGUCUUCUGGUCUCCUUGCAACCCCCCACCAGGUGCAGAUACAGGCCACGCCCUUGACCCCCGGAGUAGUAUCCAGAGGUCAGACUGCGCAGAUCCAGUUAUCCGCCUUGCAGCCAGUACAGGCAGUGCAUACCCAGUCAUUACAGCAGGCUUUACAACAGCAAGUACACCAUGGAGGUUUGCAGUCUUUACAGCAAUCUGUACAUCAUAGUGCGGUGCAACCUUUGCAGCAACAAGUCCACCAUAGUGGGGUGCAGGCUUUACAGCAGGCUCUGGAAAGUCCCACACCCUACCAUCAACAGCAGCAGCAAAGACUUAUUCUGCCCUCUACUCAAAAGUAUGUGCCAUCACCAGUUGCCUCCCCAGGGAUUAAAGGGGCCUCUUCACCGGCUCCAACCUAUAUACAGUAUAUCCCAGCCCCAGGGAGUCAAGUUCUAAUACAGCCCAACACUCCACGCCCACCCUCCACGGGCUCAGGCAUGGCAAGCCCCAGCACCCAGGCCAACAUUGCGCCCAAACCAGUCCUCUCCAAGACCAGCAGCCCACCUCAGUCCCAGUCUCAGGUCUUCUAUCAAGGUAACAUCAAUAGAAAAAGUUCGGCAGUGGUUACAAUGUCAUCCGAAAUGAAAGGAGAUAUAGGCUUCAUCACGAGUCCCAGCCUACAGCCCAAGCCACAGAAGGUGAAGGCCACACUGGCCAGUAUACCAGUGGGCACGGAAAGCAUUCAGAAAUUCAACUCUCUUCAGCCUGGAAUGAACAACCCCAUGGCGUCCCCUUUAGCAAUUGUUUCCCCUGCCCGCACCUCUCCAUCACGGUCAAUCAGAGAACACCUUACAGACAACAGGCCACGAAGGCCAUCCCCAUUGGUCCUUUCCCCGGCUCCCCAGCCAACCAGCAAACAGCUUACAUCUGACAACUCAGAAGGUAAAAGGUUGGAGGAGGUGAAUCACCCUCAAGAUGCUCCUGAAAGGGGUAGAUAGCAAUGGCAAACCACAGAGGCCUGGCAAAGGGCAGAGAUACAAGGAGUUUAUUGCUGUCAAUGGCAUAAAACAAUUCAAGAAGGACAGGAAGUCAUACACUUCAAAAUCUAGUGGACAGAGUGACACAAAUGAGGAGAAGAACCCGUCUACUAUAGAGUAUGCAAGCGCCUCAGUGACACAGAUCACUGUGACUGGACCACCAGAGGAGUCUGAAUCAACUGGAAGCACCU